AGGACAGAAGGGACUCCGCAAUGGGAGAGAGCUUCCAUGCCCAGCUGCUCGAGGACGACCGCUUCCUCAGAGAGGACCGCAGACUGGACACGGAGCUGGUGGACAAACUCAUCCUGCAGCUCAACAGGAUUUACCCGCAGAUUCUGACGGACAAAGAGGCCACCAAGUUCAGAGACUUGGAUGUGCCCACCUGUGUUCGACUGGGCGAGCUCCUGAAACACCUGCAGGGGAAAGGUGAGGAGGCGUGCAAGGAGUUCUACAGGGCGCUUCACCUACAUGUGGAGGAGGUUUACUUCAGCUUGCCAACACGCCGCCGCCUCAGAGAUGCCUCAGAUCCGCUCACAGAUCCAGGCAUCUACAAACAGCGAUAUGUUCUCAGUGACAAAGGUCCUCUGUUCUUUCUAAGUUGUUUCAGUGUUGCCGUGGGAAUGGCCAUCCUCUAUUACAGCAAUGACACGGGGGUCACGGGGGACAGCCCGGCUCUUGGUUUGGCUGCUCUGGGUUUGGGCAGAAAAGCUCGAGAGGUUCUCAUAUGGUACACCGAAGAAACCCUUACGCAAUAGUGGGCAUCUUCGUCGCCUGUUCUGCUGCGGCGAUGUUGUUUCUUCUCGAUCCCAAACUGCAGCGCACUGUCGGUUCAGGGGUUUGAAUGCUAAUUUUUAAACAUAACUGUCUAUUAUAUUACUCCUUUGCUUUGCUGAUUUGGGAUAACUAUAAUUAAUCUAAGCUGUGAUCAUUAUGAUCUGCUCAAAUAUGACACAUUUGAAGAAAACUGAAAUGGUACCCCCCCCCCCACACACACACACACAAGCACAGCUCACCCCACAGACUCUUCUUCAUCCAUCCAUCCAUCCAUUAUCCAAACCGCUUAUCCUGCUGUCAGGGUCGCGGGGAUGCUGGAGCUUAUCCCAGCAGUCAUUGGGCGGCUGGCAGGGAGACACCCUGGACAGGCCGCCAGGCCAUCACAGGGCACAGGGCAGACGCUUCUUCAUUAAUUCCAUUUUAGACGCUACACUUCUAUACUUCAGACAGCUUUUGGCCAAAAGUGACUGCCCUCUCCUGGCCAGUGAAAGUACUGACGUUCCUCGCCUCACAAGCGUGUUAGUUUACCCUGCAUCGAUUUCAUAACACGUCUCCUAAUUUCCACGUUUCGAACUUCGAUGAGCGAAUCUGUUUGACAUCUAAAAAGUCGAAAGAUGUUAACUUAAUAGUACGACUUGAUAACGUUGUAGACGCGCUGGUAGCUGCGUGUGAUUGGUCAAAUCGAGUAAAAAGGCAAGAGUGGCGAUGUGCAUUGUGGGUAGGCUGGUGGUGAAAAUGAAAUAUAGAAACGCCAAAUCUAAAGUAAUGAAGCCGAGGAAUGAAGAAAUACCGGUACGCAGCGGAAUAGAUAAAUAUAUCCAAGCAGCGACUAUUUGUUAAACACAGCCUAAGAAAUCAGGGAAGAUGCACCGUAAUGGAAAAGUGUAGUUGGCUCGCGAUGGUAUAUAUACUCCGUGGGUUGCUAGUAGAGGUUGUGUUGUAUGAAAGGAGAGAAGGUUAGCACUCCCCUUGACAAGGAUGGAAGAGGCCCCUGUGGUCUUCAACACACAUACGGUUAAGGCAAUGCCACCUACUUCGUGGCAUCUCUAACCAAGUUUUUAUUAUAACCUUUAACCAAAAGUGUCUCUUCACCUCGUGUCACCGACGCGUCAGCGUUUCCCGUCUACUUUCCAAGUGAUGUUUGGGCCCUAGUCAAUAUAAAAUAGGGAUUAUAAAUAACUGUUUAGUCUUCUCCUCCCGUAUAUUGUUAGUCCCCCCCCCCCACCGCAUAUCGUCAGUAUUGAUACGUCUCGUGGCAGAACGGCGUCAGUACUGGAUAACGCGUGUGUUCAGUCACGUGACCCGCGUGACUCAUCCCGUUAUAACGUGGAGCUGUAUGCUGAGUCUGGAAACACGGAGCCCCUGACAGACCAGCUCAUAUCAACAAUGCUGGCUUCCUGAUUUUAUCAGUAUUCCGGUUUGCUCACAAACAAACAAAAAAAAGGUCCUGCCCAAUACUCAAAGUAAGCAUGUUGUGAGCUGGUAUGACGACGUCCGGCUGAGUCAGAGUCAGGUUACUAGUGUUUAAUGGUUAAUGUCCUCAGCCACCACGCUCCAAUUUCAGGAGGAACCUGAUUAGCUCAUGUUUUCUCUCACCCCCACCUCAUUUUGCCUCUAAUUUCAGGUGGGAUUUAAAAGUGGGGAAGCACAGGCACAUUUUUUUUUUGUUGUAAUUUUUGGAUAAUGAAUAAUGGGUCACACUGCCAAGCACAUGACGCAGCAGGAGCUUCAGUUUUUGACCCCUUGGCUUUUGCAUACUUUGUUGGUAUAUAAAAAAAGUUUUGAAAGAAAUUUAUUUCUGGAUGUGCACAUGGGGCUUUUUUUUUUACUUUUACGAACAGGAAAGAUUUAGUGUGUUCUGUAAAAUUAAAGAAAAAAAAUAAGUGGAAUGUUAUUGUAUAAAAAUGUACAUCCACAAUAUGUGUCAUGGCCAUAAUGAUUCACUGGGGUAGCUGGUAUCAUAUGUUGAUCCGACUUCUUACUGAAGUAAGUUACAUGUUCUGAUCAAGUCAUACUGUGGAAUUGCUGUUUCUACCUUUUGUGCCAAUUAAGCAAAACUCAUAGAUACAAAAUGCACUACAAACAAAUUCACACCAGCGAUGGAAAUUAAAGGAGCAUACCGCUGUUGAAUCUUUUGUACUGACUGAAACACAAUAUUAUGCAUUGUGUGCAUCUGGUAUCAAAAUGACAAAUAUUUGUAUUUUGGAAUUAUUAGUACAAAUGUGUAAAGGUAAAAAGGGCUUUUGAGCAUAACUGCACUGCUGGUUGCACAAUUCCUCAUUACAUUUGUACUGGAUCUCUUCACAGGUAUUCUUCAGGUCUUCUGAAAAGCCAUUUAACUAAGCCUCUACAUAAAGCUUUAUGUAACUCUUA